AUGAAUGUGCAAGGAUUUUGGAAAAAAUAUUUUACAAACAAAAUCUGGGAGAAAAAUUGCAUCGACCUUGCCAAAGAUUUCUUGAAGCGCUCCGGGGAAGAAAAUUCGAAGUUUCCUGCUCACCCAAAGGAAAAGUUGGUUUAUAACUGGAUGAAAACGGUUGAAAUCAAAAUAUUCGACCAAUCCUGCAAGUAUUACGAUGUCUCGACGCCGGCAUCAAGUUCAAAGUUUGAGGUAGAUGAGCGCUUUCUCAACAAGAGCCAUUUCAGCACAGCCAAUGCCCAUGAAUUUGAUGGUGGUCAAACAAUCAGACAAGUCGACUACUUCAUCAAGCGACGGGAAUUUCCCACGUCCGAUCGACACCAUUGGCGUGAUGUACUGGUGGUCGGAGAGUUUACAAAAUCCAAAACAAACGUGUUCAUGGACAAGUUUCUCCAGCUUUCGGUAUUGAUGUGCGAGCUCUUUUUUGCCCAGCCCCUUCUACGGUUCACCCAUGCAUUCCAGCUUUUCGAUAAGUCACUUCUGCUCUGGGUCUACGAUCGUUCAGGCCCAUACUGCGGCUCGUACAUUGACACCGGCAAAUCGCCGCAGACGCUCGUCUAUGUGAUGGCGGCGUACAUGUCGAUGAGCGACGCCGAACUUGGUCUGGAACCAAACAUCAAAUACGAGGCUCAUCAGAUCUGUGUCACGUUGGAUGUUCCUGGCACGGAGGAGGAGCGAGAAUUCAAGCUUUCGCCCAAGCCAGUUGCGCAAAAAACUUCACUUGUCUCGAGGGGAACCAGCUGCUACCACACCUUGGAAGGGGACUGUGCAGUGAAGUUCGCUUGGAGAAUGUGCGGGAACAAGUCGGAGGCUAAGCUACUCAAGAUUGCAAAGGACGUGGAUAGGCUGGCAAAGCUUGCUGGCUCGCGGGACUUUGUGAAGAUUAGCGAUCUUCGAAAGGGACUGAUAUUCACCAACAAGAUGGUGAAAAAUACGCUUCCGGACGACACGACCAUGGCCACACCGCUCGCACUUACUGAUGGCAUCAUGUUAUGUGAAAGUAAGAGCACAAGUGUAGCUGGGUCACGAAAAAGUAAGAGUGCAACAAGAGAUUCAGGAACUGAGACAGGUCGGUCAAGUAAGAGAUUAAAGACUUCGUAUGGAUCAUCUUACGCGAGAAACACCGGUAUUGAGGAAAUAUCAAACGUGUCAUUGAAUGCAAUCAUCGAAGAAGAUGAAACAAUUGUCCCAGUAGCAUGGAUCCAGGACAAGACUGAAGGCAUCAACGAUGCAAACAUAGAGUCUGCUGGGGAGAAACGGAAGAGCACAGAGAACGAUGAAGUCAGCGGACGGAUCAAGAGAUUGCACCUUUCAACUGCAGUGGAAGAUGCGUCAACUGAUGAUAAUUCUAGAAGAGGUACGGUUACUGGACAUGUCGAGGCUGAAGCCAACAAUGUGGAAGCCUAUUGUGAAGUUGAGGUUAAGUUUGCAGAGAUUCGGGAUCGUCACUCCUCGGCUAUGGCGAUAACACCUUUUGGAAGAUCGCUUCACGAGGUCGAAUCACCACUUGAACUGGCUACUGUUCUACGUAACGCGAUCAAAGCGCACUGGUCAUUAAUGACAGACGCAAAGAUAUUGCACCGUGACAUCUCAGCAAACAACAUCAUCAUGACUGGAUCUGUAUCUUGUAAGGACUGGAAAGGAUUUGUCAUUGACCUGUACCUGGUCGUCUUGCUUACGGAUGGCAAAUCUCAAGAGAAAAGACAGGCCAUGACCGGGACGAUGGAGUUCAUGGCGCUGGAGUUUAUGGCGCUGGAGGUCUUGAGUGGCAUUUGCCAAACAACGGGCGCGGUUGUGGAGCAUUCGUACAGACAUGACCUCGAAUCAUUCUUUUAUGUCCUCCUCUGGCAAUGCUUAAGCUGUGGAUGGGAUGAAGGAGUAAAUCCGAACAAAGAAUAUCUCUCAAAAUGGCAUACGGGGACAGCCUAUGAGAUAUUCGACUUCAAGAAAACUGAAAUUGAAAGUUCUCAUUUCGUCCAAGAAUUGUUGCCGAGAUUCUCGAAAAAGUUUCAAAAAGUUCGGGACCUUGCAAUGGAAUUCAGGCAGAUUUUAUUCUUGCCGUACGGAGAAUUCUUUAUUGGAUCUUACAAGGACAAUUAUGCCCUCUACAGCAAUAGUGUUAAGAUAUUCAACGAGGCCAAACACUCAUUGAUAUUGUAA